ACUACUACUACUACUUUUAUCAUUACUUUCCCUAACCUGGUGGUGGCGCGCCUCAGGAGCAGCAUCUGCCCCUAAUCUAAACAACACCGCCAUCUUGCUCCUCUGGCACGCGCUUCGCGACUCGACACGCUAUCUGUAAAGGACAGAACAACCUUCGAGUAAAUAAAGCAGCCAAAGAAAUAUCAAGCCAUCAUUCAAUUCAGACACGGAGAACUUGAAGGGAACUAUGCUUCAGUUUCAGAAGUCACUAGAAAGUAAUUCAUUGUCCAUCUUCAGAAUUCCAGUCAACUACACUAAAGCAGUCCAAAAAGUAAAGCAAAAGAAAAUAGAAGAUCAUAAGGAGAAGGAAGAGUCUGAGAGUUCUGUCCAAGUGGUGCUCCUGGAUAAUAACCCUGAAUACAAAACACCAGAAGAAAAGCUUACCCACAUUCACAAUGAUAACCUAACACCAGAUGCAAGGCAGGAAGAAGAGACCAAGAGCACGAGCAAGGGUCAUCCUAGGAAUCUGCCAGCUAUCACAGCACUGAAACCUGAGAUUUGUAAAGAAGUGGCUGAGGUUCCAUCAUCAUGCAGUGUAAUAACAAAAACUGAGACCACUGUGUCCAAGAGAAGCAAGAACCCAACUCAACCAGCCCAUCCCACAAUAAAUGAGAACCAGCAGCAGUCUUACCCAAGUCAGGAAAAUCAGUUAGGUGAAAGAAAAACUGCCCAGAAGAGAUUUAAUGUGCCUGUCACUUUCCGGCAUCUGGAUAAUAUGGAUUUCUCUGUGAAUAAAAGGUACCAGGUGACCAUGGGUAGACCUUCAGUGAGAGGCAGACCUGGUCAGUUUGUGCCUGUCAAUCAGCCAGUAAUUUGUUCUGCAGAAACAUACACACCUGUCAAGAAAACAAACAUCACAAUUUCUCUUCCACCAAUGUCGCAUCAAACUGAGAAGCAGUUACUCAAAGUGUUUUUUGAGAUAUCAAAGCUGCAUGGCUGUGAUGUCAGUGUAGAUAGGAAAGAGAUAGCAAUGAGAGAUGAAGGCAGAAUCAGUAACUUGACUUAUUACAAUGGCAGUUCCCAGCAACCCACAAAAGCAGCUGGCAUCCAAGAGAGGAAAUCUCAGCAAUUAACAAAUAAACAACAAAAAUCAACACCUACCAAACCAACUUUUCCAAAACUGCGUACCCUCCAGUCAAAGCUUCACACUCUUGGGACACAGCUUCAUCCCUUAGAAGUGGGAAAAAGUUUGCCACAGAAACAAACACUAUGUCAAAACAGCAGCAGUGAUUCUGAUUCUUCCCUGCCCCUAUACCCAGAGGUCAUCAUGCAGAACUCUCCAUCAAAUCAAGUGUAACAGGCAGGAACCCCGCCCCUUUUUAUUUUUCCAUUAAAAUUUAAUUUGAAAAUGGUUAAAAUUGUGUAAUUUGGAUGGUACUUCUUUCUUUAUAUAUUUGCUUCAAAGGAUGCAACAUUUUUUCUUUGUUUUUUCUGUAUUAAGGAGGAUAUAUCACAUUAUUUGUACUCUGUUUAUAGGAGAAUACUGACAUAAACAUGAAAUUAUACUUAUGUAAAAUAUAGAUUUCUAGCCAAUAUGGUGACUUAGGUUUUCAAAUCUCGACACACAGGGAGUAGCUUACUUUAAUAAUACAAGAUAAGAGCUCACCCCUCAGGUCUUUUUAUUAGGGCAGACAUAUCAGCAGACAGCACAGAUGUUGGCUUAAAACAUCUUGGCUUUAUCACGUUUAUGUUGAUUGUAAGAAUGAUAUUGGAAAACUGUAAGAAUCUCAUUGAAAAAAAAAAAAAAAUGGUGUGGAUUUGCAUCAUAUCUUCAGCUGUUAAAUUACCAGUCUGAAGAUUUAAAGAAAAUUACAGUGCUGUAAGCAUGGUCUGCAUUAUAUGCUAAAAUUAUGGGUGAAACAAUAAAAAAUUUAAGUUUAUUAGUCAAGCUAGGCUUUUAAGGAAUUUUUACCAAUUUUGUUUUGGUUUUAAUAUUUUCUAAGAGUUUAGAGUUCCUUUAACCAAGUUUUAUGAGCAGAGAUUUAUGCUCACUGUUUUUGUUAUAGGAUAAUAAUCAUUUGUAGAGUAUACGUAUUCAUCUCUACUGUUGGCAUCAAAAUACCAAGAACUUUACCUGCCAAAAGAAUCAUGCUAAAUAUGAUGUAACCUGGACACAAUAAUAGGUAGGUAUGUAAUGGAUUGCCUGCUGUCUGGUGGCAUCUGAUCCUACUUCACUUCCUGUUGGAGUGAAUCAUCAAGUAGAUUUGUUUCAACUGUAUCCAGAAUUACACAGGUUCAUAUAAGUAUUUUCAGUACAAGAUUAUGAAAACAUGUAUCAUUACACAAUAAAAAGUUAUACUGUA